AUGCUACACCUCACCUACACAUUAUUACUAACAUACCUAACAAGUAGCAAUUCCUUGGCAAAUGGUUUAAAGAAUAGAUUUAUAUACCAAAUAGAGUAUGGAUUCUUAAUCCCCCAAAGUAAAAUCAGUUGCAAAUCACCCUUUUAUUGCUCACAUGAUAAACCUUCCAGCGAAAAUGAUGAAGUUGGAACAGUAAAUGACAACCUGAACAUAUAUACAGAUGGAGAAGAUGAAAUAAACUUUCCAUCUGGCGAGGAUGAAGGGCCUGGGUUAGACGAAGAUCCAUUAAAGAAAUUAGGAUUAUACGGCAUUGAACAUGUGAAAUUGUCCGAAGAAGAUGAAAUUGAAUUACAAAAGAUUUUAGAUAAACACAUUGAAUUACAUAAAUCUGAAUUUGAGUGUUCGGAAACUCAAGGUGAUACUGAAGUUUUGAAGAAACAAAUGCCAAAAAAAUUUGAUAUCAAUGCGUCAGAUGACGAAUUUGAAGUUGAAAAUUAUAAUGGCAAAUUACCAGAUGAAGAAGAAAUCGAGAAUUAUUUAGACCCCUUAAACCUUCGCAAAGCUGCACCAAAGGAGGAGUUUACCAAACGCAUGAUUGGGAGAACUUAUAACCUCUUAAAUAUACCAGAUGAGAAAUACACAACACAUUGCAUCGACGGGGCUCGCAGGUUCUUAUAUUCUCUGCCUCUAGAUGCAUGGAAUCAGAAUGAAAAAUUCAUUUUGGACGAGUUUGUCAAGAGGAAGAGGAUUAAAGAUCAGGCUAACAUUGAAGAUACUAAUGCUAUUGAUGUUAUUUCUCCAGAUGAAUUGCUAAAUUCAUCACCAUCAUCAACGAUAGGAUUAACAAAUUGUCAUACGCACACUAAUAAUAUAAAUGAUACUCCAUAUACAAUGAUAACAUCGGUACCACAACACAUUAUCGAAUAUACUCACUAUGAUUUAUUGAAAGAUCUACGCGCCUUUAAACGCGGUAAUUCGAUCAUAAAUAGUAUAGAUGUAUCUACACUAAAUGACCCACUAUUCAUUAGGUUGAAUGAAGACAAUGUACCAAUUGAUACUGUUAAUAAUACGUUAAACAAACCCGCCGACUGCUACUUAAAAUUAGUACCUGCUCCAAAUACUGUAGCAGUUUACACGGUUUGGCCAACAUCCACAUUAAACUCCACAAUAUCGCAGGGAGAAUUCAUUGAAAUUGAAGGCAAUUAUAUGUUCAACACAGAAGAUGAAUCAUUUAAAUCAUUUAAUACCGAUAACAUCCCGAAUGAUGAAAAAUACCGUUCCGCAAUUAUUCUUCUUGAAAAUGAAUUGGGAGGGGCACAAGAUCAUCGUAUUCGCGAUUUAGCUGAUGAAUUAUCUUGCAUCAGCAGAUUUCCAAUAUUCAUUCCACAAAUAACAUCACAAUCUCAUCAAUCAUUCCACGUGCUUGAUAGAUUAAUCAAGAAUAUCCAGAUACUGUACAAGAUUGAAAGGAUUUCACUAGUGUCAUUUGGAAAAUCUUCAAAGUUUGCACUGGAUUACUGUUAUGAUAGGUUGAAUGGCAAGGAGUAUUUAAACAACAGUAGAGGCGUAUUGACAUUGUAUGAGAUUACAAAGCGUACAACUUAUCCUUUAAAUCUAAACAUAUUUGAUUCAGGCGAUUUCUACGAUAAGUUAGAAGACGCAAGAGAGAUUGAAAGAGCGCAACGAUUGAAUCCCGUCAGAUCUAUUAAGGAUAUUUUACAAUGUUUAGUUUUUUGGGAUGCAAGAAACAUCAAUUUGGAUAAAGCGCUAUCCUUAGGAACACCACUGUUAAAUAUAAUUUCCGGGAAUCCGAUUGCGAAUUCUGAUGGGCUAAGUGUGGGAAUGGAGAUGCUGAAAAGUUGGAAAGAUAUAGAAAAUUUGGGUUAUAUUGUGAACUGUGAAGUUAAAACUGAUAUUGAUAUUUUUAACAUUUUGAGACCUAAAGGCAAAAUUAUUUAUAAUUUCAAAGAUACCGCGACUCAAAAUCAACAGGACGGCAUGAAUGAUGUAUAUAAGACGGGGGAUAAUAAAAAAAAUUACAACCAAAGUGACAUGGGCACUGCAUUUAAGAUAGUAUCAUUUAGGGGGAGAAAUUCGCCAAUUUAUCUAUUACCACAUCUUGCUGAGGAUGAUGACAUAAAGGAGUACAACCAGGCGCUCAUAUACGUUUACCAAUGGAUUCUACACUAUACGGAAUAA